GUAAAUGUGAUCGUGAGCGUUGUGAGCACGAAAGCAUUUAUGUUUUGAACACGAAAGCUUGCAAUUGCAAACAUAAAAUAUAGCUGCAAUUUUGUCACAAUUUGCUUUUUGUUAUAUACAUAUAUAUAUAUACUUUCAUUAUUAGCUUUAUAUUAUAGUCGGUAAGUAUUUCAAAACUAUAUACAAUCAUCAACAUGCCUAAAAAGAAGAGAGGAAACAACUGGUAUGCCAAGAAACGUAUCAUCAAGAAUCCUACAACUAUUUCUAUAAAUGAUUCGAUGCAAGAUGAACCCGAAAUUGAACAAAUUGCAGAGUCUAUGACUGUAGAGCAACCACAGCCUGGUCCUUCCACAGCAACACAUACUCCAGGUCAAACACAGGAGUCAAACAUCUCGGUAAAAGGGAAAAAACGUAAACAUAAAAGGAAGUUAUGUCUAAGCAACGAAAAAAACAUACAGUAAUUCAUACAGCUUCUCUACACAGUGAUCACUCCUCUUCAUCACUUACAUCUUCUUCUACAAUAGAUCAACAAAUGGUUAUUCAUAACACUACAGCAAGUUCAGACAUUCCUAUACAAACAACAACAAAAGGAAAAAUGAACAAAGGCAAAACACCAUUGAAAAAAUCUAAAAAACCAAACGAACCUCUGCAGUCAACACUUCCAGUAAUAUCACAACAUCUAAUACAAUGCUCAGUAAGCCAAUCAAAUGAGGAGGUUUUUAUUAACGAAGCAAGUAGAAUUAUAACUGCAUUCCCCAAUAAUCACAUUGCUAUACCAGGUCCAUCACGACUUUCAAAUACAAGGUAAAGAAUUCAUUUA